AUUGCGUACCCUUUCCAUUCGACUACAAUGCUACCAUCAAGUACUUCUGCUGCAGCGUCCUUUCGUUCGCCAAAUCAGCCAUCUGCCAUUGCUCAGCAGUCUUCGGCCUUGGCGGCUCGUAUAGCCUCAAAGAAGGCCGAGCUAGAAAACUUGAAACAACUUCGAGACAUGAGCAGUGCACUGGCAGGACAAAUGCAAUCCUUAGAAGCCAAGAUUGGAACACUUAGAGAUGGGACUGAAGCUGUUGCGUGUGUCCUUACGAACUGGGAUAAUGUGCUGAGAGCGAUUGGUAUGGCGUCGGCGCUGAUGAUGUCACUCAUAGUGAACCCUGUGAGCCCUAGACCUACGAGCAAGGGCGAGUCCAGCAAUUCGCCCUUACCCGCAACACUCGUGCGAGUCCCUGUUGAGAAUCGUGUUACUUCGGAGGAUCGUUGA